AUGUGUACAUGUUGCAGGUUAUUUCACUACCCAUUCAUUCUAAAGUCUAGCUUGUUUUUGCCCCUAUCGAUGAAUCAUUUGCUGACAAUGCCCCUCUUCUUCCAUCUAGCUUUCGUGUCAUUCCACUGGAUGGUAAUACAGUUCUUCGACCGUGAUGUUGAACACACAUCUAUAAGUUCUUUGUCAAGAGUCUUCUGGUUUCUUGAUAAGGAACUUGCUGCUAGUGGAUUCACACGGAAGGAUCAAAAUGAUAUGGCAAAGUUCAUUGAAGGAGGUGCUGACAGCGUGGAGGAUGAGAAUGAAGAGCACGUUUCAGAGGAAGACGAAGAGGAAGACGACUUGAAUGCAACAGAGAGUUUGCUGCAGACCGUGGGAGGCAGAGUUGAAGCUCCUCGAGAAAUCUAUACAAAGACAAGAAGAGCUUUAGUGGCUGGCUAUGCGCGAGUUGUUCAAGGUUCGAUCGUCCUUGAACAAGCAAUCUAA